AUGAUCAUCACCUACUUCAUUUUCAUUUUGUUCUCUCUCUUCUCAUCGUUCUCUCUUUCCCUAAAAAACACUCUGUUUGCGGGCCAGUCUAUUACAGAUGGGCCAGAUGGCCACAACACCAUAAUCUCUCCCGGAGCCAGGUUCGAGCUCGGAUUCUUCAGCCCCGGCAGUUCCAGAAAUCGUUACGUCGGAAUUUGGUACAAGAACAUUUCCGCCCUAACCGUCGUUUGGGUUGCGAAUAGAGCCAGACCUGUCUCCUCCGAUAAAUCCGGAAAACUGACAUUCAACUCCACCGGCUUCAUCGUACUCCACAAUUCAAAUGGGUCCGUCUUCUGGUCAUCGGACCCACCUCUGCCAUCUACCAAUCCAUCAGUGCUCCAGCUUCUGGACACAGGAAAUCUCGUCAUUAGUGAUUCUGUCACCAAGGAUUUUCUCUGGCAGAGCUUUGACUAUCCUGGGAAUACAUUCUUACCGGGAAUGAAGUACGGCGCAAAUUUGUCUUCAGGAUUGAAUCGGUAUCUUACCUCCUGGAAAUCCGACGACGAUCCAUCUCCGGGGGAAUACACAAAUCGCCUUGAGAUUGCCGGGUUUCCACAAAUGUUCCUGAGGAAGGGAUCACAGAUCCAGUUCCGGGGCGGUCAUUGGAAUGGACUUCAAUUCAGCGGGAUGCCAAGCUUGAAUCCAAAUACGGUUUACACAUACGAUUUCGUCUUCAAGAAUGAAGAAAUCUAUUAUGAAUUUCAAUUGAUCAACUCUGCCGUGAUCACUAGAAUGAUUCUCAAUCCAUUAGGAAUCCUCCAUAAAUAUGUGUGGAUUGCUAAGGAAAAUAACUGGAUGAUGUAUCAGACGACCCAGAUGGAUAAUUGCGAUCGAUUCGCUGUUUGUGGAUCCUAUGGGAUCUGCACCAUCGAAGACAAUUCUCCUCUGUGCGGGUGUUUGCCUGGAUUCAAACCAAAAUCACAGACGGAGUGGGACGGAGCUGAUUGGACCCACGGCUGCGUUCGUAAAACAGAUUUGCUGAAGAAUGACGGAUUCUUAAGAUACUCGAACGUCAAAUUGCCCGAUACGAGAGAGUCAUGGUUCGAUCAAACCAUGAAUUUAAAUGAUUGCCAAGGUUUAUGCUUGAAGAAUCGCUCUUGCACAGCUUAUGCUAAUACCGACGUCAGAAAUGGAGGAAGCGGUUGCCUUUUGUGGUUCAACGAUUUGAUUGAUAUACGGCAGUAUCAGGUCGGCAACGGCCAAGAUAUCUUUCUCAAAUUGGCUCAUUCCGAACUGGAUAUAAUCCGACAGGUUCUGAUUUUGGGUUGUUUUUGUCGGUCGAAAGUGAACCUGGGAGAAAACACAAGCGGGAAAAAAAAGAGAAUGAUGAAGAUCAUACUCAUCACAGCAGCAGCAGUCAUUGUCAUAGCUAUAUCCAUGAUCGUUUUCUUCUGGAUUAUGAGAAGAGCCAAAUUAGUAAGAGAGACUAAUAGUCUCUCCACUAAAAUAGAAGAGUAUGAGCUUCCGCAAUUUGAAUUUUCAGAAAUAGCCAUUGCCACUAAUAACUUCUCCCCUUUCAACAUGCUUGGACAAGGUGGUUUUGGACAUGUCUACAAGGGAUUAAUGCAUGACAAUCAAGAGAUAGCUGUGAAGAGGCUGUCUAAGAAAUCGACACAAGGAUUCGAUGAGUUCAAGAAUGAGCUCUUGUGUAUCGCGAAACUUCAACAUCGAAACCUGGUGAAGCUCCUCGGUUGUUGCAUUCACCAAGAGGAGAAGUUGUUGGUUUAUGAAUACCUAUCCAACCAUAGUUUGGACUACUUCAUCUUCGAUAAGAUUAAAAGCGCCACUGUGGACUGGCCUAAGCGCUACAAUAUUAUAAAUGGAAUUGCUAGAGGACUCCUCUAUCUUCAUCAAGAUUCUCGGUUAAGAAUAAUCCACAGAGAUCUUAAAGCUAGUAACAUAUUGCUGGACUCCGAUAUGAACCCGAAAAUAUCAGACUUUGGCAUGGCCAGAAUUUGCAGUGGCAACGAAACCACCGAAAUUGCACUCAACACAACCAGAGUCGUUGGAACUUUUGGCUACAUGGCCCCUGAAUAUGCCAUUGACGGGAUAUUUUCACAAAAGUCAGACGUAUUUAGCUUCGGUGUGCUGACACUAGAGAUCAUAUGCGGAAGGAAAAACCGUGGCUUCACUCAUCCAGACCACGAACUAAACCUUCUAGGACAUGCCUGGAAUCUUUUGAACGAAGGAAGGGAGUUGGAACUUAGUGAGCCGGUGUUGGAAACAACAUUGAACCCGAUGGAGGUGUUGAGGUGCAUUAACAUUGGGCUGCUUUGUGUGCAACAAUCCCCGGAGGACAGGCCUUCAAUGUCUUCUGUGGUGCCGAUGCUGUGCAGCGACAUACCAUUGGCUCAGCCUAAGAAGCCCGGAUACUUUGCAGAAAGGAAAGUUGGAUCCGGGGAAUCUUCUAGCAAUGGUGGUCAGAAUGUUGUGUUCUCAAACAACCAAUUCACUGUGACAACAGUAACCGCAAGAUAG